AGAGAGAGGAGGGGUUAUCCUGUUUCUCUCUCUUCACCCUUCUCUGUCCCGCACUCUCGCUUAACCUCCACAUAGUGCCGGUCGGACGGGAGAUAACUUGAAACACUUUUUCUGUGAAUGGCAGAUCCUCGGGCUCAGAAUCUCCUCUGACGACGACGAAGUGUUUUUCUUCUUCUCCUUUCUGAUCCUCUGCGGAGCGCAAACAAGAGGAGUUACCAAAGUUACCAGACGCGCUCCGCUCCAGAGAUGGUGACUUUACGCACACGGAGGAUCUGAAGGCUGUUUGAACUGAACGCUCUUGUUUUGGUCUCUGAAACUCUUUUAUCAUCAUCAUCAUCAUCAGCAUCCACAACGAGCUUCAAGUUCUGCCAGAAACACGCAGCGAAUGCAGAAUCAAGUGAGUCCAGGUGACGUUCAUGAAUUUUAAAGUCAUCCACAAGUGAGAAGAGGGUGUCGGAGUUGAAGUCUCUUAUUUCUGCAGCGGCAGCGGCUUCCUGGAGAUGAGCGCUUUUGUCUGUUGUGUGACCGCUGCGGCUUUAGGCAGAUCCUCCUCUGAUGAGAAUGAUGUCUUCCAUGCGAGCAACGCCUCCCUUCCACCCACCGUCUGAGGAAGAGGAAGCGAUGGGUCAGGACAACGCGACGUGGGCCGGCGACGAGCGAGAGGGCCCGAAGGAGACUCCAUCUCCCUCUUCGCACGACCGACCCCACCCGGAUGAGCUGCAGCCAAUCAGGGAGAAGCUGACGGAUGCUGAGUGGGAGAACAUGGUGCCUGCUGCGAUGGACAAUGAAAGCAGUAAAGGCUGCUCAGUCUACUCCUACCGGACUAACUCUACCUCUCCACCCAAGCCAGAGGAGUGUUCCAGGGACCGCGGGGAGCCAAUGAUCGGCCUCGCCUUUGGGACGCCGGAGCGCCGCAAAGGAAGCCUGGCAGACGUGGUGGACACACUGAAACAGAAGAAACUCGUGGAGCUGACCAAGACAGAACAAGACGAACCAACUUGCAUGGAGAGGCUCCUCUCAAAGGACUGGAAGGAGCGCGUUGACCGCCUGAACGCCAGCGAACUGCUGGGGGAGGUCAAAGGUACGCCGGAGUCGCUGGAGGAGAAGGAGCACCAACUUUCCACCAUGAUUGGUCAGCUGAUCAGUCUGAGGGAGCAGCUCCUCUCCGCACACGACGAGCAGAAAAAGAUGGCCGCCUCACAGCUGGAGAAGCAGAGACAACAGAUGGAGCUGGCCAGGCAGCAGCAGGAGCAGAUCGCCAGACAACAGCAGCAGCUCCUGCAGCAGCAGCACAAGAUAAACAUUCUCCAACAACAGAUCCAGGUCCAGGGUCACAUGCCUCCUCUGAUGAUCCCAGUGUUUCCUCACGACCAGCGGUCUCUGGCUGCUGCCGCUGCUGCACAGCAGGGCUUCCUCUUCCCACCGAGCAUGUCCUACAAGCCAGGUGAGAAUUACCCCAUGCAGUUCAUUCCAUCUACAAUGGCAGCUGCAGCAGCAUCUGGACUCAGCCCGUUACAACUACAGCAGCUGUAUGCCGCCCAGCUGGCAAGCAUGCAGAUCUCACCAGGAGCCAAGAUGGCUCCCCUCCCGCAGGCUCCCAACUCCUCCGGUCCCCUUUCCCCCUCCGCCCUGAAGAGCGAGAAGCGAUCAUCCAGUCCCGUCGCUCACAUCAAGGAGGAAGGAUCCACACAGCCAUUGAACCUCUCAGCCAGACCCAAGACAGCCGAGCCUCUUCGCUCCCCGACGUCCCCGACGCACAGUCUGUACUCCGGAAACAAGACCAGCCCUUCAGGCAUGGGCAAGGGCCGCAUCCCAAGCCCCCUCAGCAGCAUGGGCAGGAACACCUCUCUGGACAUCCUGUCCAGCCUCAACUCCACGGCGCUGUUUGGGGACCAGGACGCGGUGAUGAAGGCCAUCCAGGAGGCCCGGAGCAUGAGGGAACAGAUCCAGAGGGAGCAGCUCCACCACCAGCAGCAGCAGCAGCAGCAGCAGCCGGGACACCACAGUCUGGAGGCCAAACUGUCGGCCCUCAGCGGCAUGACCCUCAACAACGGCAACAAGGAGCGGCUGCACUAUGAGACGCUGAGCCAGCACCUGGGGAAGCUCGGGGAGGAUGCUGGGAAGAUGGUCCAUCGAGUCAUCGACCUGACGAGACCAGAAGAUCUGGAUGGGAAUAAUAUCACGGAGGCACGAGUGUUCAGGGAGGCACGGGGCCGGAACAACGCCGAGCCACACAUCAAGAGGCCCAUGAACGCCUUCAUGGUGUGGGCCAAAGACGAGAGGAGGAAGAUCCUGCAGACCUUCCCCGACAUGCACAACUCCAACAUCAGCAAGAUCCUAGGCUCUCGCUGGAAAGGCAUGACCAACCAGGAGAAGCAGCCGUACUACGAGGAGCAGGCCCGCCUGAGCAAGAUCCAUCUGGAAAAAUAUCCCAACUACAAGUACAAGCCGCGGCCCAAGAGGACCUGCAUCAUCGACGGCAAGAAGCUGCGCAUCGGAGAGUACAAGCAGAUGAUGCGGUCACGACGUCAGGAGAUGAGGCAGUUCUUUGUGGGGCCUCAGCCAACGAUGCCUCUCGGCAACAGCCCGGGCGGAGUAGGAGUUUACCCGGGCGCCAUAACCAUGGCGACGACGGCCACGCCGUCUCCACACCUGACCUCAGACUGCUCCAGCAACUCAGCCAGCCCCGAACCCGCCAUCCCCGUCAUACAGAGCACGUACGGGUUGAAGUCCGAGCCCGGCGGCGGAGGCAGCAACGGCGGUGUGGUCGGAGCCUUGACUCUGCCCAGAGACCCCACCAACGGAGACGACGACAUGGACAUGUACGAGGACUUUGAGGAGGAGCCCAAGUCAGACUAUAGCAGCGACCACGAGACACGGGAGGCCGUCAGCGCCAACUGAGUGUGCCUCAGGGUGUCGGUUGUAAAAAAAGAGAAGAGAAAAAAAGACUCCCGUUAUACUCAGAGACACUUUUUAAAAACACAGUUUAUUAUAGAGACCUUCAGGCAAACUUUCAGGACGUGUCGCGUCGUGCACUGAUCAUGCCCGGACAGGAUUCAAACUCAGCGGACAUGCUCAGAGAGUUCUUGGACAGUUUCUCGACGGACGUCCAUUUGAAGAAGAAAAUGUGACCCAAGAAAACAGACAUUCAGACAACCAACUGACAAUGAACUUCAGUAUCCUACACUUUGACAAUCUUAACCAGAGCGAAUAAGAGAUAGAGGAGAGAGAGAGAGAGAAUGAGGGAGAAUGGGACAAAGGACAAAUGAGCGACGAACACAUUACUGUGUGGUUUGUAAAGAGCAUGCAUGGAUUGUGAAGCAUCAGGAAUUGGUCUUCAACAGCUAUUUGGUCUUAAAUGUUUAAGGAGUGAUUUAGUUUUUAUCCUUAUGUAUUUACUUUUUUUGUGUUUUUGUUUUUUUGUUCUACAGACUUUUUUUUUUUUCUGACAGGUCACUGCCUGUACAAACUCUGGACUGUCGGAACUUGAAAUUUGAAAAGUUUUAAUAUAAAUCCUAGCUAUUGUAAUCUUAUAGUCUUACUUUUGUUUCUUACGAAUACAGUGCAUCUACAUCUUGUUUUCUGACAAACUGCUUACAUUUACAUUACUGUUAGUUUUUUUUUUUAUAUCCCAGCUCAGGUAUGAUGUGCCAGCUUGUGAAUGUGUUUUUUUUUGUUUUGUUUGUUUUCAUACAAAAAGAGUGGUAGGACUUAUUAGACUGUCAAUGAAAUAAAGGGAGCAAAAUCCCUUAUAUUACAUUAUUAUUAUUAUUAUUAUUAUUAUUAUUAUUAUUACGUAAGUAAGUAAGUACCCAGUCAUUGUACAGAUUUACUUCAAAUGUGCCAAACCUACAUUCACAUUCACUCGGGAUGUUGUAGUCUUAACUUCCAAUGCUGCAAAAAAGUCUUAUACAAUCAGCUUUUUCUAUCUCUAUCUAUUAGAUGAGUUCCUACUCGGUAACUGCUGGCUCCCCUCCUGGCCCAAUCACAGGUAGAGCUCAGGGAGGAUGUGUUUUCAUCACGCUUGCUCAGUCACACACACACUUCAAUUUCUGGCAGCCCCUCUAAGCUUUGAGAUGUAGUAAGAAGAGUCUGUUCUUCAAUUCCACUGCAUUGGUGCUUUCAUGAACCACAUUGCCCAUAGUUCCUUGAGGCCAAACACUUAGCACAUUGUGCUGUAAGUGCAGCACGGUGUAACCAAACGCUGACAUUUAGCAUUUGAGUCUGUCCCCUUUCAAUCUGGCCAAAGGUAUAGACAUUUUUUGGCUUAAUUUCUGCCAAGACACUUUAAGAGUUCACAAGUCUUAAAAGUGUCCCUUUAACUCUGUUCAUUCAGCGUCGUAGGACAGGGGCACGAGCAGCCCCAGAAUUACCCUACUGUAGGAUAAGAGUUUCUAAUAUUCUGGAUCCCUUCACUGUAUUUUGAAUUGUGUUUUGAAUCGGUACAAAAGUGUACAAAAAUGUUACUAUUUUUAUUAGCCUGUUAAUAUUUGUAAAUGUCUUCUCAGCAUCACGUGGGAGAGAUACACCAAACUUGUGUUUUAAAAAAAAAAAGAAUUUAUAUAGUUGCAAAAAAAUGGGUUUAAGAGGUCUGUUAUUUCAAAAAGGGUACCUUUUUUCUACGUUGCAUGUAUAUUUUGAAGAUGAGUAAAUUAUUAUGAGAAAAAUGGAGGAAAAAAUGGUGCAUUGUUCUCAAACAGCUUCUCAGUCAAACAAGCCCAGUCAGAGAAAAGUUUUUUUUCCACAGUCUGAACUGAGAUGUUCCUCUUUGGUCUUGGUGCGGCCCAGUCAGUGGUCAGCACCAUGCUGGGUGAGCACGUUUUUUCCUCUAUUUUACUCAAAUGUCACAUUCUUUCUCUGAAGACACAUGCUAUUAUUUCUAUGUCUCUUUUCACCACACUCUGCAUUUUUAACAUUUUCAACACCUGUGACCUUAGGGUGAUUUCUGGGUGCUUUCUGUUUAGCCAUAAGCUGUUUCACACAUCGUCACGGCUCCAUAUUUCUGGCAGUUUUUACUUGGGAAAGCUUCACAAGCUGGGACUGAACAUUGGUUUUUGCUUGCAUCACAGUAAAAAAAAAAAGCCUCAUGCAUAGACAUUUCUGUUAGUGUCAUACGCAUCCUAAGCACUGGAUAUAAAUUCUAUGUUUCUUUCUUUUUUUUUUUUUUUUUAGUAUUGACUAAUGUGAAGUUGUUGUUUGAGUUUCAACAUGAUAAAUUAGAACAGUCAAAAAGUCACAUGUUUGGACUCUAUAGGAAGCCUCGUACAUGCCAGACACAAGUAAAAUUGCCAUUUCUUUAGAAAAAUUUCAUUUAUUGAAGCACGUUUUGUUGCUGCAGCUCUAGUGCCGCCUAAAGGGGUCACAUCGCCUCUGAUCUCUUUAGAAACCUCAUGCUCUUGUCAGUUGUGACCUGCAGAAGCAGAACACAAGGUUCCUGGUCACAUACAUUUUGUGAUGAGUAUUGUAUUUGAAAUUCAAUUGUGCGUUUUAACAUUUCAUUGUAUUUAUUAGCCAGCUUUGGCUCUAAAAAGUGUCAGUACAACUUGGUGAGAAAGACAAUCAAAAAAAAUAAAUAAAUAAAAAGUAAAGACUUGAGAUUUUCCUUACAAA